AUGCGUUAUCUACAAGCUCUCGCCUGUGCAUUGGCGCUUGCUCCUUCCGUUGUCUUCGCUGCACCUUCGAUAUCCGGCUUCCAGGGAAAUCCAUACAUCGGAAAGGAAGGCUAUGCAAACCAGGAAUACGCAAGGAAGCUGGAUCAGACCAUCCAGUACUUCAACCAGAGGAACGACUACCAAAAUGCGGCAAGGACGAGGACAGUUCAGAAAAUCCCCACCUUUGCUUGGAUAUCCGUUUCAUCAGAUGUAUACAAAAUAAGGGGGCUCAUCAGCGAGACUCUCGCUGCACAGACAGCGACGAGGAGGCAGCAAAUUCUACAGCUCGUGGUUUACAACCUGCCUAACCGCGACUGCUCCGCCGGCGCUUCAGCCGGAGAGUUCCAACUCGACAACGACGGGCUCAACAAGUACAAAAGAUACAUUGACAACAUCGCCAAUGAACUGAACACCGCCGAAGCGAGAAAUAUCAACUUCGUCGUCAUCCUCGAGCCCGAUUCCGUCGCCAACAUCGUCACCGGCUCGAACGUCCCCGCCUGCUCGAGAGCCGCGCCAGCCUACAAAGAAGGCAUCGCCUACGCCAUCGCCAAGCUCCAACACCCCAACGUCUCCCUCUACAUCGACGCCGCGAACGGCGGCUGGCUCGGCUGGGACUCGAACCUGCGUCCCACCGCGACCAUCCUCGCCGAGAUCCUGCGACAAGCCCGCGCGAUCAACUCAUCGGCGUCGGUCCGCGGCGUCGCGAUCAACGUGUCCAAUUUCAACGAGUACAUCGCGCGCGUGCGCGAGCCGUUCACGGAGUACUCGAACAGCUGGGACGAGAGCCACUACGCCCAGUCGCUCGCGCCGCACCUCGAGCAGGCCGGCUUCCCCGCGCACUUCAUCGUCGACCAGACGCGCGCGGGCAGGGGCGGCAUCCGCACGGAAUGGGGCCAAUGGUGCAACGUGCGCAACGCAGGCUUCGGCACGCGCCCUACAUCCGACCAGGGUGUGCUGCAGAACCAGUACGUGGACGCGAUUGUGUGGGUUAAGCCGGGAGGCGAGUCGGACGGCACGUCUGAUCGUGGGUCGCCGAGGUUUUCUGAGACGUGUGCGGGGCCUGUUGCGCAUGUUCCGGCGCCUGAAGCUGGCUCGUGGUUCAAUGAGUAUGCUGCGAAUUUGGUCAGGCUGGCUAACCCCGAGCUGCCGCCGACAUACUAG